GCACGGUUGAAACAAAAGCAAACAUGAGCGAAAACACACAAAACUGAAAAUAAGAAUAAGGGUUUUGGGUGUCAGCAACAACUUGGGUCAGCGUGGUUCUUGAUAAGGGGUUUUUGCAGGGUUUAUUCAUCAUUUCUUUUCUUUUCUUCCAAAAAACAAUGGGGUCUUUGGAAAAUGGAGAACACAAAGCAAGAGAUAAACAAGAACAGGAACAAGAACCCAUACUAACAGAGCAAAGUCAGAGGUUUUGCAUGUUCCCCAUUCGCUACAAGCAAAUCUGGGAGAUGUACAAGAAAGCUGAAGCCAGUUUCUGGACUGCGGAAGAGGUUGAUCUCUCCUGUGACGUACAACAUUGGGAGACCUUGUCUGUCUCUGAGAAGCACUUCAUUACACAUGUCCUAGCUUUUUUUGCUGCUUCUGAUGGAAUUGUCUUGGAGAAUUUGGCUGCAAGGUUUCUGAGCGAUGUGCAAAUUCCUGAGGCUCGUGCAUUUUAUGGGUUUCAGAUAGCUAUGGAGAAUAUUCAUUCGGAGAUGUACAGCUUGCUGCUGGAGACAUAUAUUAAGGAUUCAAGAGAGAAACAUAGAUUAUUCAAUGCAAUUGAAAAUUUGCCUUGUGUUGCAAGGAAGGCUGAAUGGGCAUUGGGUUGGAUUCAUAGUUCCACUUCAUUUGCAGAGAGACUUGUUGCUUUUGCAUGUGUUGAAGGGAUAUUUUUCUCUGGAAGCUUCUGUGCCAUAUUCUGGCUUAAAAAGAGAGGAUUGAUGCCAGGUUUGACAUUCUCAAAUGAGUUAAUCUCUAGAGAUGAGGGCCUUCACUGUGAUUUUGCUUGUCUUCUGUACAGCUUGUUGCAGAAGCAGCUAAGUUCUGAGCGGGUUCACAAGCUGGUACAUGAAGCUGUUGAAAUUGAAACCGAGUUUGUCUGUGAAGCCCUCCCUUGUGCAUUGAUUGGCAUGAACUCAACACUCAUGAGUCAAUACAUAAAAUUUGUUGCUGACAGGUUAUUGGUUGCUUUAGGGUGUCAAAGAAAGUACAAUGUGGAAAAUCCAUUUGAUUGGAUGGAGUUUAUUUCUUUGCAAGGAAAGGCAAACUUCUUUGAGAGAAGGGUGGGUGAUUAUCAAAAGGCAUCUGUGAUGUCAAGCCUCCAAGAUGCUGGUAAAAACUUUGUUUUCAAACUUGAUGAGGACUUCUAAUUAUGAUUGAUCUGCUACAGCUUCAACUAUUCCAAAGAUGUUGAGUUGUCCAUAGAAUUUAUUUACUAUUUUUCAGUAAUAUGUUUAGUCUAUACAAAUAAGUAGCUGGUAUUUUCACUCAUAUCACUUGUAUAAUAUGUUUCGAUUUAUUCUCCAAUUGCAUCUGUAUUUUGUAAUUGUAGCCAUAACGGCAAGUUACUAUAUUUCAACCUUAAAAGGCACUCCGUAUAAUGCCUACACUAUAAUUUCUAUAUAACGUUUCUCUUGAAAAGGGUA